UACAUAUACGGGCAUGCAGAUGCAGGUCUAUUGUUAGCCUGCAGGUCAUACUCAGGCUCGGUCCCUCAACGAGCCGAUGAAGGCAUGAAGCCUACGGAGCGUUAUGAGCAAGCUGAAUCCAUCGGCAGGAACGUUGCACACCCUCAGCUGAAACUGAAAUAUCAGUUGCUACUUGCUACACGCCCUACACGUUCUGAAUUCUGAUCACCAUGACCCCCUCCUUGCCGUCGCUGUUGCUCGUCCUCCUGCUGGCCUUGUGGACGGCGCCCUACCUCCCAGCGCGCGCCGGCGGCCUCACGCACAUCCACCUGUACAUGCACGAGACCUUCGCCGGCCCGAACGCCACGACGCUCACGGCGGUGCCGUCCCCUCUGGGCGCCGACGCGACGUUCGGGGCGGUCGGCGUGCUCGACGACGAGCUGCGCUACGGGCCGGACGCGAGGAACUCGUCGCUCGUCCGCCGGUACCAGGGCCUCUUCGUCAGCGCGGGGCUCGUGAGCCCGCCGGGCGCGCAAUCGGCGAUCAACCUCGUCUUCACGGCCGGCGAGCGCCGCGGGAGCACUCUGGCCAUGCUGGGCCCCGUGCUGAGCUUCACGAGCGCCAUCGAGCGCGCCGUGGUGGGCGGCACCGGCACCUUCAGGAUGGCGCGCGGGUACUGCGUCAUGACGCGCGCCGGCAGCCCCACGCCGGAGUCCCUCGUCUACGAGGUCGACCUGUUCCUGGACAUGUACCAUGCCUGAUCGAUGGUUGUGCUUGUUGGUUUGUGUGCGUACAGUGCUAUUGUGUAGGAGUACGUUGCAAAUAUAUUUUCAAUUGGUGUUCAAAUGUUCUUGAAACCCCAA